AUGGCGACGCGCGCGAACGUCGACGACGGCGCGCGCGAGGCGAACGCGCUGCGAACGUUCCUGCGCGACGCCAAGGAGGCGUUCGCGCGCGAUCCGGGGGCGUGCGACGUGAGCGUGGGGAACGAGGCGUGCGAUUUGGACUCGGUGGCGUGCGCGGUGGCGACGGCGCGAGCGGCGAGCGCGAAGCGCGGACGCGACGAUGGCGAGCGCGAAACGCGCGCGGUGCCGAUCGUGUCGUGCGCGAGGGAAGAACUGAAAUUACGACCCGACGUGGUCUUGGCGCUGGCGAACGCGGGGGUGAAGUUGGGCGAUUUGACGUGCGCGGAGGACGUCGCGGCGGCGGCGACGAAGGCGACGCCGCGAAGCGUGACGUUGGUGGAUCAUAACGCGCUGAGCGCGCGGUUGUUUCCGGACGCGUGGCAAGCGCGCGUGGUUCGGGUGAUUGAUCAUCACGAGGAUUCGGGGAUGUACGCGGAACGGGCGGAUAGGGUCAUCGAGUUGAUCGGAUCGUGCUCGAGUUUGGUGUACAGGGACGUCGUGGCGAAAGCCGCGGACGAGGGCGUCGCGCGAGACGUCGCGCGUUUGCUUCUGGGAGCGAUCGUGUUGGACACGAGAAUGCUGGACGCGACGACGACGCGGGCGGCACCCGUGGACUUUGCCGCUGCGGAAUCGCUGCGAGAUAUUUUGGGAUGGGACGAGGACGCGACGCGAGCGGAGUACGAAUCGCUCUCUCGCGCGCGUCACGAUCAGAGCUCGUUUUCGUGCGCGCAACUCUUGGCGAAAGAUUACAAGCAGUGGACGAUGGGGUCGCUCGAGGUCGGCAUCGCGUCGUUCGGCGUGCGGUUUCAGGAUUUGCUGGCGCGACAGGACGCUUCAUCCGUCAACGAUGAAAUCGUCGCCUUCGUCGACGCGCGGCGCAUCGACGUGUUAUUUAUGAUGUCCUCGUUCGAAGACGCCGACGCCGACGGCGCGUUCGCGCGUCAGAUCGAUGUCACGAAAUCGAGCGCGUGCUCGAUCGAGCUCGAAGCCGUCAUGCGCGACUUGGGCGAGCGAACGCCGCUCGCGCCGCUGCGUCUUCCCGAAAACGACUUCGGCGUGUUCAAAUCCGCGCGCGCGCAGCUCGACGUCAAGGCGAGUCGGAAGAAAGUCCAACCGAUUCUCCUCGAGAUUUUAGCGAGAUUUUAG